UUUUGGAGAGAGAACCCGGGCUUCCGACUGACAGACUCCACACAGCGACCCCUUUGACGAUGGGCCAGACAGUGAACAACCUUAGAUGGAAGAGGUCUUGCCGAGUGGUGCUGUUAGCAGCCACCAUCCUGAGUUCUGGCUUCCUGCUUGCCCAGGCCCAGGAGAUUCCUAUUAUGGUGGAACCACCGCAUCCGAUGGAAGGACAGGACGUCACUCUGACUCCAGGAGGAAAACCAGCCUUUAUUCUAUGCAUCUGGUAUCGAGGAGAAAAAGCUGAAGCAAACCGGAUCUUUGUAUAUAUUCCAUCAACAUCACCUCCUGUGCAGCGGAAUGGCCCAGCCUUUACCGGGCGGGAGACUGGAGACCCCGGCUGUUCCCUGAACAUCGGGAGUCUGAUGUUGAACGACACUGGAGACUAUGUAGUGUCAAAGUCUGCGAUUGGUGGUCGCGAAACAGGGCGUGUGCAUAUAGGAGUCUUAGGAUGACUCCCGCUGAGCUGUAUCGGAGCAAAAGACGGCUGCUUCCCCCGCCCUGCAGUAUCCCGGCUGGAUUCUUCUCCUUUUGACGCCUGCUGCUUUAGAAGGGCUGGCCCGGCCCGGUUUGAAACGGCCUCCCGUAUAUGUAGAUAAACCAUGGCUGUUGUGGUGUUGCCAACCUCCUGGUGGGGCCUGGACUGGUCUCUCAGCAUUACAACU